ACAUAUUCUCUUUAUAAAUUUUAAAACACGAACAGUGGAAUUUGAUAGUAAUAUCAGCCAACAUUCAACUCAGACGCGUGCGCAAAAAUGCAUGAUAUCUGUGUCACAAAUUACUUCAGAAAUUGCUUCGGAAUGCUUUCAAAAGAACCUGAAAUACAAUGAUAUCAGUACAAAAAAUGCACAGAAAAUGUAAUGUAAAAAAGUAUAAUUAAAAUCGCAAAAGAAUAACCUUGUACCAAAAUGAUACAAUUCAUUGACAUGAUAUUAUGAAUUAAUAAUCAUUUAACUUGGUACUGUGGUUCAUGGAUGGCUUUUAUCAAGUUGUGAACAACAUAUAUUUUAGAAAGUUAUUCCAUAAUCUAGUCAUCUUUUUACCUAUUUCAAAUCUAGUCACGACUAAUCAGCAAAGAAGUUUUGAUUGUUCUACAAUGAUAAGUGGGAUGAUUAAUUUCUAUUAAAAAAUAUUUGUUAUAAAUAUAAUAUAGUUGAUGUGAAACUUAAUGAAAUUUGGUGUUUAAUAAGUUUAUAUUUGCCUCAUGUCUAAAGAUAUGUCAAAACACGUCGAGUUACAGCAUUUAGUUGAUGAAGAUGUGGAAAGUAAUACAGCUUUCCAUCAAAAGCAAAUAUCUCCUCCAAUUUGUAAAUCAUGUCCAUAUCUUGGUUUAGUGUUAGCAACACUUUCUUCUUUAUUCUUCUCUUUAUGUAGCGUUAUUGUUAAAGGAUUAGUAGAAGUUAAUCCAAUGGAAUUGGCAGCCUUUAGAUUUGUUGGGGUGUUACUACCAGCAAUACCAAUUCUAAUAUAUAAAGGUGAACAUCCGUUUCCUAAAGGACGUAGAAUAAUGUUAAUAUUGCGAAGUUUUGUAGGUACAACUGCUCUCAUGCUUAGUUUUUAUGCUUUUAGACAUAUGCCUUUAGCAGAUGCUUCCAUUGUAGUAUUUUCUGUUCCUGUAUUUGUGGCAAUAUUUGCAAGAAUAUUUUUAAAAGAACCUUUUGGAUUAUUUAAUAUACUGACUGUAUGUUUAACAUUGAUCGGGGUUGUAUUAAUAACUCGUCCACCAAUUAUAUUUGGAAAUACCAUAGAGUCUCUUUCAGAUGUUCAUAGUACAUCAGAACAUGCUGAUUUAUGGGGUGCAAUCGCAGCAUUUUCUGCAACUUUAUUUGGUGCUAAUGUUUACGUUUUAUUGCGUGCAUUAAAAGGUCUUCAUUUUUCUGUUAUUAUGACAAAUUUUGGAUCACUUGCUUUAAUACAAACAAUAAUCAUUUCUUGGGCAAUUGGUGCCCUCUGUUUACCUCGUUGUGGUGCAGAUAGAUUGUUGGUCGUUGCUCUAGCAUUAUUUAGUUUUGGAGGACAAAUUUUACUUACUUUAGCUUUACAAAUAGAACAAGCUGGUCCUGUCGCUAUAGCAAGAUCAGCAGAUAUAGUUUUCGCAUUUUUCUGGCAAGUACUCUUUUUUAAUGAAAUACCUAAUAAAUACUCAGUAGGUGGAGCAAUCUUGGUAACAAGUUCUGUUUUAUUGAUAGGAUUAAAAAAAUGGGCUGUGUCAUUACCUGACACAUCUAAUAUUAAGAGAUCAUUAAGCAUAUUAGCAAUGUAGUUUAGAAAAACAAAAAAAAUUUAUUGGUAUGAAGUUUUUGAAUAAUUUUAGAAUCUGUGGGUGUUCCUAAUACAUGUCAUAAUUAUGUUACUAUGUUAUAAUAUCUUAUGUAUAUGAAUAUUUUCAAAAUACACAUUUAUUGAAACAUAAUGUACCAUUAUGUAAUAUAGAUAUAUUCAAUACAUA